AAAAGUUAAUAAAGAUAUCAACCCCAAAGCACAUAAGAAAAUAUAAACACUUACCCGUUUCGUGGAACAAACUAAAACAAUGCCAGCCAAAUUGGCAAUUAAAGCUAAAAGAUCGAGCGAUAACACCGCUUUUGCUUUUGAUAGAUACGCUGAGAGCCAAAGAUUCAAAAGCAAAAUCCCUCCAUCUUCACCUUCUCCGACUGCUAAUGAUUUCUACAGAACUCUCCUGCUCCAGUUCCCUUGUGACAAUUAUAAAUUUAUAUCAAACCUUGCAGAACUUUGCGGAUUCCAUUUAGCAGAGGGAGACAUCAGGGAUUUGCUUCGCGGAAUAUCAUUCCAAGCACACUAGUUUUAGACUGGCAUCUGUUUCGCAGAGCAGUAUUUGCGGAAUGUUCCCGAAGCUUCCAGAAGAUCACGGCCUUGAAAGUUCCAGAAGCUUCGAGAAUCACACGAAGGAGCAAGCGAAGCAUUUGUUUUGCAAAAGGUUGCUGUAAGAACAAAAAAUUGGCUUCUUAUAGAAGCAGAAAGAUAUGUCGACGUCUCCGCAGCGGCAAAGUGCUAGGAGGCGUCUCACGCGAAACGCUGGCGAAAAAUCGGAUGAUACGCGGGUCUCUAACGAGAAAAAUCUUUCUAAAGUUGCUGGAAAUGUGGCCCCCAGGGUGGACGGAAAUCUCUCACAAGGUAAGGAUUCUAAUCAGGGUAAAACAAUUGUUCAAGAAAAGGAUGAUAUACGAAAAAAUGCGCUGUAUUCUCAGCAGGUUAAUGAUAGAUUAGCAAAUAGGAUUAAUGGCAGUACUCAGGCAGUGAAAAAGGGGGGUAGUGUUUUGAGUCGGGCGAAAAGUCCUGUUCAGCCGGGGAAACCUUCAAAAGUUUCGAAGAUUUGUAAGGUGAUCCGGAUUUUUAUUAAGUGGCUUGUUCUUUUAGCCAUCAUAGGUGUAAUUGGAUGGGGUUUGUGGAAUGGGGUUGCGAAUCGCAAUCCUAAAUAUGAUGUAAACCCUUAUGAUGUCGCAGCUGAAGGUAAGUUUGCCGAGCUGGAGCAGUUUUUAAAGAAAACCACGAAAAUGCUGCAGGUCCAGUUGGAAUUAGUAGAUAUUAAGUACGGGAAGGACGUUGAGGGGCUGAAGAAGAAAUUGGAGGAGAGUAUUCAGGAACAGGCCACCGUGUUUUAUACAGAGCUUCUGAAUCUGAAGGAGAAGACAGGCAAUGUUGAGGAGUCGCUGCUCAAAUUGAGGGAUUCUGAGGUUUUGACAAGGGAUAAAGUGCUGGGGAUUGUGAAUAAUGUGAUAGAAAAUAGGGUCAAUGAAGGCGAUGGGAAAGUUUUAAGCUUGGAUGAUGUGAGAGCUGUUGCGAGACGUUUGGUGGAAGCAGAGAUUGAGAGACAUGCCGCUGAUGGGCUUGGAAGAGUAGAUUAUGCGCUCGGAAGUGGUGGCGGCAGGGUGGUGCAGCACUCCGAGGGAUAUUUUCCUGGGAAUGGAAAGAGAUUGGGAUUUUUAUCUCUGAAUCUUUUUCGAAAAAGUGUGGGUGGGAUGCAUCCUUAUGCAGCCAGGGUUUUAGACCCGAGCUUUGGGGAGCCUGGUCAUUGUUUGCCCCUGAAGGGGAGCAGGGUGUUUGUGGUGAUUGCACUGAGGACAGCUGUCUUUGCCGAGGCUGUUACUCUGGAGCACGUGGCAAAGAGCAAUGCUUAUGAUAGAUCAAGUGCUCCAAAGCAUUUCCGUAUAUUUGGGUGGCUUCGUCGCCUAGAGGGUAUGAGCGAGGAAGCUUUACAAAUGUUUCUGCUGGGAGAAUUUACUUAUGAUCUUAAAAAAAGCAAUGCACAGACAUUCAAUCUGCCAAUUGAGACAACAGGCAAACUUGUUAACAUGAUAAAGUUGGAUGUACAAUCAAAUCAUGGAAGUUCUUCCCAUACUUGUAUUUAUCGCUUGAGGGUUCAUGGUAAAGAGCCUGAUGUCCCUAGACUGGCAGAAAUAGAUGCUUAGGCUUGAGGAAGUUUUUUCUUACACCACCCUUGAGAAGUGUCGGACAAUUUUUAACGGUCCUUCACUCAACUGUGUUAUCUAGAGAUCAAAUUAUGAACUGUGCGGCUUUCUUUGACCAUUGGAAAGACUUGUGCUUGGUGUUGUCCUCGUUUGUAAUUUACAUGUACAAUUUGUUUUCAGGCUUUUCAAUUUUGAGAUUUGUAUCUUCUCCCAAAUGAAGUUGGGAAUGGUAAUAUGCAGGCAAAUUCUGCAUAACACAUGAUAGUUCUGUUGACAGCAAAGCAUUUGUGCUUACAGCCAGUUUUAUCUCUUGAUGAAGCAAAAGCUGAAUCACCAAAGUUGGUAUUUGUGAUGGCUCUCAUGUAUACAUGUGUGAUGCUCUAUACCUUUCAGAAUAUCUGGUAAGCACUUUUUAAUUUGAGUGUUCCCUAUUUUCAAAAUUCA